AUGCGGCUACGAGCUGCUUUGAUAUCUCACAUCUACCAAAAGGGGCUCCGGUUAUCCUGCGGCGCAAGGCAGAAGCAUUCGAGUGGAGAGAUCAUAAACUACAUGAGUGUAGAUAUACAAAGGAUAACCGAAGUAAUGUGGUACACAAACUACAUUUGGAUGUUACCCAUACAGCUUUCUCUAGCAGUCUAUGUUCUCCAUCUAAACCUAGGCGCUGGAGCAUGGGCUAGUUUAGCAGCAACACUGGCAAUAAUGACUUGCAAUAUUCCUCUGACAAGACUGCAGAAAAGGUUGCAAUCAGAGAUCAUGGCUGCUAAAGACAACAGAAUGAAGGCAACAACGGAAGUGCUUAGAAGCAUGAAAAUACUGAAACUUCAAGCAUGGGAUACAGAGUACCUUCAAAAGCUAGAAGCUUUACAAAGGGAGGAGCACAAUUGGUUGUGGAAAUCUGUAAGGUUGUCAGCUUUAACAACAUUCAUAUUUUGGGGGUCCCCUGCAUUCAUAUCCUCCAUAACAUUCGGUACAUGUAUAUUGAUGGGGAUUCCUCUAACAGCUGGUACUGUUUUGUCUGCUCUUGCAACGUUCCGGAUGCUACAAGAUCCAAUCUUCACACUCCCUGAUUUACUUUCGGUGUUUGCUCAGGGGAAAGUUUCAGCAGAUCGAGUAGCACAAUACCUCCAGGAAGAAGAGUUGAAAUGUGACGCAAUUACAGAAGUACCAAGGAAUGACACGGACUAUGAUGUGGAGAUUGAUCAUGGAGCAUUCAGCUGGGAACCUGAGACCACAUCUCCAACUAUAACAGAUGUAAAUUUAAAAGUAAAGAGAGGGAUGAAAGUAGCAAUCUGUGGAGUAGUUGGCUCUGGGAAAUCCAGUCUAUUAUCAUGCAUACUUGGGGAGAUGCCUAAGCUAGCUGGGACUGUGAGGGUCAGUGGGAGCAGAGCAUAUGUUCCUCAGACUGCCUGGAUCCUAUCCGGGAACAUCAGAGACAACAUUCUGUUUGGAAACCCAUAUGACAGGGAAAAGUACCAAAAGGUAAUACAAGCUUGUGCAUUGACAAAAGAUCUUGAGCUAUUUGCAAAUGGAGAUUUGACGGAGAUUGGAGAAAGAGGAAUUAACAUGAGUGGUGGACAGAAGCAGAGGAUUCAGAUUGCAAGGUCAGUGUACGAGGAUGCAGAUAUAUACCUCUUCGAUGAUCCUUUCAGUGCAGUAGAUGCUCACACUGGAGGACAACUUUUCAAGGAUUGCCUCAUGGGGAUGCUUAAAGACAAAACAAUAUUGUAUGUGACACAUCAAGUUGAAUUUCUUCCAGCUGCAGAUCUUAUACUAGUGAUGCAGGAUGGGAAGAUUGUGCAGAAAGGAACAUUUGAUGAUCUCCUUCAACAGAACAUAGGAUUUGAAGCCAUAGUCGGAACCCAUAGCCAGGCAACUGAGUCUGUCAUAAAUGCCGAGAGUUCCAGCCGAAUUUUGUCAACAGAGAGCCAAAAGUUAGCAGAUAUUGAUGAAGAGUUUGAGAGAGAAAACCACACUGAUGAUCAAAUUCAGGGCAUAUUGAAGCAAGAGUCUGCACACGAUGUCUCACAAGUUAUCAAUGAAAAAGGAAGGUUAACACAAGAUGAGGAACGAGAAAAGGGAGGGAUUGGCAAGACGAUCUACUGGGCAUACCUGACGGCUGUUCAUGGUGGCGCAUUAGCACCGAUGACAGUGGCAGCACAGUCAUUCUUCCAAAUAUUCCAGGUCGCAGGCAACUAUUGGAUGGCAUGGGCGUGUCCUCCAACGUCUGCAACCACCCCAAGGGUUGGAUUAGGCCUUCUUUUCUUCGUAUACAUAGUGCUAUCUAUAGGAAGUGCACUAUGUGUUUUUGGUCGGUCUAUGCUUGUUUCGCUUGUUGGCCUGCUAACAGCGGAGAAGUUCUUCAAGAAUAUGCUCCAUUGCAUCCUCCGUGCUCCAAUGUCCUUCUUUGAUUCCACACCCACUGGCAGGAUCCUAAACAGGGUCUCCAAUGACCAAAGUGUCUUAGAUCUGAAAAUGGCAGACAGCCUUGGUUGGUGCGCGUUUUCUGUUAUACAAAUUCUGGGGACCAUUGGCAUUAUGUCACAGGUUGCGUGGCCAGUUUUUGUCAUCUUUAUUCCAGUGACAGCAAUCUGUUGUGUUUCAAGUAAGAGCUCCUUGCAGUGA